CGUGGUCAGGCUAAUGAGAGGUAGCUGUCGCGGAGCAGAAGAAGCGCCACUGCGGCUUGUCUUUGAUUGUUGCUGGUUAAUUUAUUAGUUUUAACUAUUUUAGAUAUGGAUAUCCGCAAGCCCAGGAGCAGCACCCAGACUUCACCUUCCCUGAAGUUGUCAAAUGGCUUCAUCUUACCUGAGGGUAAACUGACCCCCAACGCCCUGUUUGUUGGUGGGAUUGACAUGAAGGUGGAUGAAAACGAAAUGCAGGACUUCUUUGCCAGAUAUGGUGCUGUCAAGGAAGUUAAGAUUAUCACAUACCGUGGAGGAAUCUGCAAGGGGUACGGGUUUGUUUACUUCAAUGAAGAUGUCAACAUUCAGUCAAUCAUUGAGCAACAGAUCAGUUUUAAGGGCCGGAAACUAAAACUGGGCCCAGCUAUCAUGAAAGAAAGGAGCGCACGUUCCAUGCCGUCCCGUCUGGUUGGCCCAGCUCCUUGGAUGAACCCCAUGCAGUACUACUACUGUGCUUGCUGUUCACCCAUGGGAGGGGGCAUGGCACAACCUUCACCCAUCCUCAAUGGAGGUAGCCCCUACAAUCAGCCGUAUUCGUACUCAAACUUGGGAGGGGUCAUGAUCCCACAGAUGCCAAUGAACUACGCACAGAACGCCUAUGCUUACCAGAACUUUGUGGACUGUGGAGUCCAGACUAUGCUGACUGUGUUGUAGUCCAAACCUCCUGCGCCCCUGCAAGGCACGGGCUACAGUGAGUGGAUGCAGACAGGAUGACAUCUUGAUGUGACGGACGGCAGGAAGCGACCCAACUCCUCAUCGUUUUCAGAAAUCCCUCUUCUCUCCUCCCCUCAACUUUUUAUGAGACCCAUUUUAACACCAGACUGCCGACGCUCUCCACUCAAAACUGUACUAGCUUGAUUACAGUCACUUUGACCACAACUGGUCGGUACUGCUGUCAUGUGUUCAGACCGCUUUUAAUUCGCAUGAAUCACAGAAACAGACACACAGGAAGAGCAGAGCACCUUCACCGUACCUGUUAAUAUAUGGGCUCACAACCUUUUUGUUUUCUUUUUCUUUGUCCCAAAAAAAAAAAAAAGCUGUAAAAGACUUUUAUGCUCACCUUUUGUGCCUAUUUAAUUUUUUAUGUUUAAUUUAUUUUGGACAUUAUUUUAAAUGUGUGUUUUUUUGGUUGGGCUAUUUUAGCCUCUGCGAGGGCUAUAUAAUAUCUAUUGUAACAAUGUCUUGACAGCAAUCUGGUGGUUUAAGCAUUGGUGAAGAAUUCCGAUUGAAUGCCCCUCUGAUGAAGACAUUUCAUUAACUUGUCCACUAAAGCAGCAGAGCACUUGUUCAUUACAUUAAUUUCAAACACUCACAUUCACAUUUCGGCCUUAUUUUUGUUUAAUUGGGUGUCGAUUUGACUAAUGAGCGAGCCUCAUCGGUAUCACUGUUUUUCUUGUCUUGGUCGAACACCAGGCUUUUCAAGUAGAAUUUCCCGGCGCAUGUUGUGGCACACUGAUCAUCUGUGUGCAGUGUGACUAAACCACCUGGUGGGAUUCACACAAAAUGACAAUCACGGCAUCGAUUUUCUUCCCCAGUAUGCAAUCACUUUAUAUUUUGAAAAUGAAGGACAUGAUUUAAAGUAAAGUGCUCUUAGUUUGGUUCAAACGUUCACUGUACAUGGUUCAUUUUAAGCUCUUUCUCAAAGGGGUAUUAUAUACUAGUUAUUGGUGAUUUUGCACUAAUAAUUUUACUGACAUUCAAUUACUGAAAAAAGAUUAUUUUAUCUAUAUAUUAUUUACAGAAAUUGCACUCUUAUUUGUCAUUUGUUGACGCAAUUCACUUAAAGGACAUUGUCAUUUGAAAGGGGCACAUGUGGUGUAUAUCACAGUUUGGACUUUCUAUUACCUACUUGUGUGUAGUUUUGUUUGGGCGUUAUUCUGGGGGUCUCCAGGGUGCAGAAAUCUGAUUGUCUUGAUAGAUGCUUUGCUCAGACAGCCUGCUGACUGCACCGUUAGGUUCUGUUCAUUGUUAGUGUUCAUGUUUUUCAGGGAUUUGUUUGAAAAAAUAAAAGUUAAAAUGUG